UCGAAAAAGGAGGAAAAGAGGAAAUAUGAGUGCCUGUAGUUUUUUGCUCCUUUUGAGCCUCUCCAGCUUAUGCCUAAAUGCUAACCCUGGCAUCAAAGUGAAGAUUACUGAAGAAGGUUUGCAUUUUGGUAUGCAGGUUGGACUAGAGCUCUUGAAGCAAAGAUUAAAGGAAGCCAUCAUUGAGGACUGGCAUGGAGAAGAUAUGUCUGGAUUUAGUGGAUAUAAUUACACAGUUUCAAAGAUAAAAAUCCAGCAUGUUCAGUUCCCUGGAAAGUCACUGUUUCUCAUACCUGGCACUGGGAUGAAGCUACUGGUUCAUGAUGCUUCAGCAAUUGCUACUGCAGACUGGAGAUUUUCCACCUGGUUACUCAGCAGAAGUUCAGGAAAACUGAAAGUCUGCCUUACAGGGGUGUCUAUCUCUGCUGCUGCAAAAGUGUCAACGGAUGAGGAUGGUCACCCAAAGUUGCUGCUUGAAAAUUGCAUUGGAAAUGUUGAUGGUAUUGAUAUCCAGCUGGAUGACACAUCUAGGUGGUUUUAUAGACUCCUUGUUAAUUUAUUGGAGAGGCCUCUUCGCAACGCCUUCAACUUAAAUUUGUGUCCAGGCAUUUAUUCGGAGGUCGAACGUUUUAAUGCAGAACUGAAACUGCAUCAAAGCCGGAUCCAGCUUGAUGCAUUUGCAGUAAUAGACUACUCUUUGGUAAAACCUCCAUCUAUUUCACUGACAUCAGUUAGUGUGGAUUUUAAGGGGGCCGUCUACUCAGCAGUAAACAGAACACAGCUUUCUUUUGAGCCGGACCUUUUCCUUCUCCCAAACACAAGUGACUCUAUGCUCUAUAUAGGAAUCUCAGAAUAUUUCUUUCGUUCUGCUUCACUGGCUUAUUACACUUCUGGGGCUUUUGACGUUUCUACUGAAAAGGAGCUUUCCGCUUACUUCAGGUUAACUACAGAGACUUUCAACAAUAUCAUUCCCACAGUUGCCUUUUAUUAUGGGGUAUCAAAUCCAGUAAUGAUGAAUCUAACAGCUACAGCAGCACCUGUGAUCAGUCUUCGCAAUGGUAGAUUUCUCCUUGAGCUGUCUGGCUCCAUGGAUGUGCUGGUAGUUCAGCCAAAUUUCACAACCAACUCCAUGUUCACCUUGAACAUAACAGCCAAAACCCACAUCAACCUGAUCAUAUUUGAAAAGAAUCUGAUACCUACUUUAUGUUUGGACAGCUUUGAACUCUCCUUGGCUAACUCGACUAUCGGUUUCUUCAAGGCUUCAAUUAUGAAGAAUUUCAUGUCUUAUAUUUUACAAAAAGGAAUAAUUCCAGCAGCCAAUGUCAAUCUGAAGGAUGGGAUCCCUCUCCCUAUCUUGGACACAAUGGUUCUUGUGCAGCCUGUUAUUACAAUGCACCAGGGUUACCUUCUGAUUUCCACCAAUGCUAGGCUCAAGUCCACUAAUAUUUGGAAAAACAAUCAUAUACACACCUUCUGA